UGUUCGCCCUCCGCGGCACUCCCUGGGGCUCCCAUAUGGCGGAGAGCCAGGCGCCGACGCCGACCGGGAGCGUCCUGCCACUGUGAGCCGCCCGUCGGGCCACCGGAGGCGGACUCGUGUGCGCGAUGAGCGGCGGAGAAGUGGUGCUGCAGGGCUGGCUGAGGAAGUCCCCGCCGGAGAGGAAACUGCGGAGAUAUGCGUGGAAGAGGCGCUGGUUCAUCCUGCGCAGCGGGCGCAUGAGCGGCGACGCAGACGUGCUGGAGUACUACAAGAACCAGCACGCCAAGAAGCCCAUCAGGGUCAUCGACCUUCACGCCUGCCAGCAGGUGGACGCCGGCCUCACCUUCAAGAGGAAGGAGUUCCAGGACAGCUUCGUGUUCGACAUCAAGACCUCCGAGCGCACCUUCUACCUGGUGGCCGACACCCACGACGACAUGAACAAGUGGGUGCGCUCCAUCUGCCAGCUGUGCGGCUUCAACCAGUCCGACGACAACAACCAGCACGACGGCCGACAUCUUCCUCGUUCUGUCGGAGCAGACGCGGGCGACUCCGUGGCCCCGCUGAGCGGCGGCGACCAUCAUCAUCAUCAUCAUCAUCGCAGGGCGGCGGCGCCCGUCCACUCCAGCCAGCCGGUGCUGUUCACCUUCGACGUGCCCGCCCGCCACUCGUCCAGCAGCGCCCCGCAGGACUACCUGCUGCUGCACCAGUGCAUGAGCAGGAGGACGGAGAGCGCACGCAGUGCCAGCUUCUCCCAGGCCACCAGAAGCCACGUGUUGAUGGGAAGCGACUCGGCGGUGCAGAGGUUGUCUCACGGUCUUAACGGGAUGGGCGCUCAGCUACACGACUUCUACAGCCUCCCGAAGUCCGGCAAGCUCCACUCCCCGGCGCCGGAUGACUCCCCUGAGGAGGCCGGCUAUGUCCUCCCUCGGGGUCUGGGCGGCGAGGCUGACGGCGGCCCGUGGGAGUCGUACCCGGAGGACGAGGACGUGUACACCUUCCAGACGCCGUGCAACGCUCUGGCCGCCGCGCAGCCAGGCGACAACUACGACCUCCCCACGCCGCCCGGGUCCUUCUACCAAAUACCGCGGACGCUGGACAAGAACCACAACGCGCUGACGGCGCCCGGCUCGGAGUCGUCUUGCACUCCGCCCCCUCCCAGGCCGCCCAAGCCUGGCGGCGAGCAGUGGGGGAGUCCUCGCUCGCUGGGGAGUCAGAACGGAGAGGCGGCGGUGGCGGUCAUCCCGCGGAGGAACACUCUGCCGGCCGUGGAGAACAUCCGACUGCACCGAGGCUCGUCGUUUGAAACCGCCGGCCAUCAGCGUCCUUCACUCUUCAACAGGUCGGGACAGUCGGUGGAGUCGGUGGACGACGGCUUCAGCUCCUACUUGAGAACCACAACCCCGCUGACCCGCUCGGACAGCGGUGCCUCGGAUGACAACUACGUGCCCAUGAACCCCGGCUCGUCGCCGCUGAGCGCCGCCCAGGCGGACAGUCCCAGGACCGCAUACAUCCCCAUGAGCCCCGGGCCACAGCACUUUGACUUCCCGGGCUUCUCCGCCACGCUGCCCGCCCGCAAGGGGAGCUCCGCCUCCUUGUGCCAGCGGCCCGGACGCCUCAGCGACGUCACUCCGCCGCCCAUCAACCGCAACCUCAAGCCCAACAGGAAGUCUAAACCGACACCCUUGGACCUGAAGAACAGCAGCUUGAUUGACGAGCUUCCCUUCAAGAGUCCCGUAACCACGUCUUGGACACGCCCCUUAUCCAACAUGGAGGCUGUUUCAUCACAGCGAUGUCGUCCAGUGUCCACACAAAGCGUCACCAGCACAGACUCUGCAGACAGCGAGGAGAACUACGUGGCCAUGCAGAACCCGGCGUCCACCUCGCCGGCCGUGAGCGCCAGCGGCAGCCCCGCCCUCCGCAAGAGCGGCAACGUGGACUACUUGGCGCUGGACUUCCAGCCCGCCUCUCCCUGCACGCACAGAAAACCGUCCACAUCGUCGGUGACAUCAGACGAGAAGGUGGACUACGUGCUGGUGGACAAGGAGAAGACCCAGGCGCUCCAGAACACCAUGCAGGAGUGGACUGACGUGAGACAGUCCACUGAGCCCACCAAGGGGGUGAAGUCUUGACCCUGCGCCUGCCUGGAGGAGAAGAAGAAGAAGCCAUAAGUGAGGUGUGCCAGGACGUGCAGGUGACUCUUUGCAACAUGCUGCCCUCCAAACAUCUGUCUGCACACGCUAGCAACACGCUAGCUGGUAGUAGCACACUCCUGCUCCACUGUCAUCCUUAUUACCUUCAUAAUAUUACCUAGUAAUUACACCCUUAUUACCUUCCUAAUAUUACCUAGUAAUUACAGCCUUAUUACCUUCCUAAUACCUACUUAUUACAUAGUAAUUACAUCCUUGUUUCCUUCCUAAUUAUUACACAGUAAUUACACGCUCCUUUGGCUGCACUGACAUGCUAGCAAACAUCUUCAAGUGUCAACAUUGUGACACUUUGACAAACUACAGCGGGGGUGUCCAAACUUUUUCCACUGAGGCCACUCACUGAAACAUGAAAACAU